GAGGUGACACACUGAGAAGGUAACUCUUUCUAUUACAGCGUCUCUCUCUGUAAAUCACAACUGUUGCUUCGGUUCAGCUCUUGGGUGAAGAAGAUGAUGAUGAUGAUGAAGAUGUCACUGUGGCUUCUGUUGUGUGGCCUUGCCGUGACCUACACUACUGCUGCUGGACCAGGCAGCUGCGUGGGUCGCUGUGGGGAGGCUUUCACCAGAGGCCAGCGGUGUACCUGUGACUUCAACUGCAUGCAUCAUAAUGAGUGCUGCCAAGACUUUCAGGCUACCUGCACCGGCGCUCAGUCCUGUCAGGGUCGCUGUGGCGAGGCAUACAGACGUGGUCGGGUGUGCGAGUGUGAUCCACAGUGCACCCAGUACAGCACCUGUUGUCAUGACUACCAGCGACAAUGCGAUGCCAGAAGGUCAGUUUCACGCACCGCGGCUUUCAAGCCGGUGAGGACUGCAGCUUCAGGGAAACGGAGAUCAGAGAGCGAAUGGAUAAUGUCCAACAGUGCGAGCGAGGAAUGGUACACAGGUGUGAGGAAAAUCCCCGUUGGUCUACAGCCAAUGCCUUUCUCUGAUUAUGGAGUUCCAUACUCUCCAGCACGUGGCUCCUCUCUGCCCAGCUACGGUGCUCCGACUCUGGGCGGCAGUGCUCCUGUCACUCCCUCUGGCCCUGGAGCUGUUGAUGGUCUCAGUGACCCAGCAGGCUCCAGGCCCAGACCCAGCACCCUGCAGGAUGUAGCCCAGGCCUUGGCUCUGGUGGAAGGAGCGUCUGAGGGACCAGGGACAGGACUCCUUGGUGAUGUCAACCUAUGCAGUGAUUCUCCCAUCAAUGGACUGACAGCUCUUAGCAACGGGACCAUUCUGAUAUUUAAAGGUGAGCUGUUCUGGUCAGUGGACCCGGUCAGUCGCUCAGUUGGUCCUCCACAGAGUAUCGCAGACACUCUGGGCGUCCCCUCUCCCAUCGAUACCGUCUUCACACGCUGCAACUGCCACGGAAACACCUACAUCAUCAAGGGAGACCAGUACUGGCGUCUAGACGGAAACAUGGUGAUGGAGCCGGGCUACCCCAAACCUCUGGCAUCUGAGUUCCCGGGUCUGACAGGAAGCAUCAAUGCUGCUCUGGCAGUACCGGCCACCACGAGCACACCAGAGACUGUGUACUUCUUUAUGAAGGGAGACGUCAUGCAGAGGUUCAUCUUCCCAGCAGACAGCACCGCCUCCUGCAGCAAGACACCAAGGAGCUCCUUGAACAGACGUUUCGCUCGUCAGGCUGUUCUUCUAAAUGGAGAGAUCAACAUCAAAGUGUCUCUGAAGGGAUUCCCCUUCCCGGUCACCUCGGCUCUGUCCAUGCCCAGCCCUCAGAGCAGUCAUCUGUACGAUCACUACAUCUUCUCUGGACCUCUCUUCUUCAGCUGCCAGAUCUCAGGUGACCUGCCGGUACUGGCCUCACCUCACCCAUCUGCAUUAUUCCCACCCCCACUACCUCCACCCAGCCUCAGCCCUGCUGCUGAUGCUGCUGCUGCUGAUGCUGCUGCUGCUGAUGCUGCUGGUGCUGUGGCAGCCAACUUGGCCACUCUAAACGCUAACCCUCCCCUCCCAGUCAACUCCAUCAGAGUUUGGCUGCGCUGUCCCUAGCAACAUCCUGCCAAGGAGACACUGUUCUGGUAUUUUCUGUAUCAGCGCAACAAAUUCUACUACGCAAAUAUACUGUCUAACGCACAAAACGUUUUUCUAAUACAUUCAUAUCAUGAUUUUUAAC